CUUGUCGGUUUGUUUACGAGGGUUUUUGUCUUAGGGCUUUUAGGGUUUUUCUCCUUUUUCUUUCUAUGUUUCUUAUCCUCUGUUUCUCAACCUCAGAGCCCAAACAGAACUGAAGAAUAGGAAACAGAGAGAGACGAAUGGGUUCGCUCAAGGAAGGUCAAAGAAGAGACUUGGAGGGAGGAGAAGAAGAAUCGGAGGAGCCGCUAUUAACGGCGCAGAACCAGAGGUUCACUAUGUUCCCAAUUAGGUACAAGUCGAUUUGGGAGAUGUAUAAGAAGGCUGAGGCCAGCUUCUGGACUGCUGAAGAAGUUGAUCUAUCGACGGAUGUGCAGCACUGGGAAAAGUUGUCGGAUUCAGAGAAACAUUUUAUCAGCCAUGUUCUGGCCUUUUUCGCGGCAUCGGAUGGGAUUGUUUUGGAGAAUUUGGCUGCUAGGUUCUUGAAUGAUGUCCAAGUCCCUGAGGCUCGUGCUUUCUAUGGGUUUCAAAUUGCCAUGGAGAACAUUCAUUCUGAGAUGUACAGCCAACUUCUGGAGACGUUUAUAAAGGAUUCGCAGGAGAAGGACAGAUUGUUCAAUGCUAUCGAGACCAUUCCCUGCAUUUCCAACAAGGCUAAAUGGUGUUUAGAUUGGAUUCAAAGUCCUAUGUCUUUUGCUGUGAGGCUUGUUGCUUUUGCAUGCGUCGAAGGAAUCUUCUUCUCCGGAAGCUUCUGUGCCAUCUUCUGGCUCAAGAAGAGAGGUCUUAUGCCUGGUUUGACUUUCUCAAACGAGCUUAUUUCGAGGGACGAGGGGCUCCACUGUGACUUUGCUUGUCUCUUGUACAGUUUGCUGCAGAAGCAGCUUCCUGUGGAGAAAGUUUAUCAGAUUGUUCAUGAGGCAGUGGAAAUUGAGACAGAGUUUGUCUGCAAGGCCCUUUCAUGCGAUCUGAUUGGAAUGAACUCAAACCUCAUGAGUCAGUACAUACAAUUUGUCGCAGACCGUCUUCUGGUUACAUUGGGAUGUGAAAGGAGAUACAAAGCAGAUAAUCCAUUUGACUGGAUGGAGUUCAUAUCUCUCCAUGUGGUUUUUUGCUAUUUUAUAUGACAGAGGGAAGACAAACUUCUUUGAGAAGAGAGUGGGAGAGUAUCAGAAGGCAUCUGUUAUGUCAAGCCUCCAAGAAGGUAAUAAGAACUACGAAUUCAAGAUUGAUGAGGACUUUUGAAUGAAAUUCGCCAUUGACUCUGGGAAGGGCUCUCAUCUCAUUCUUUAUGAGUUACUCCAAAAUGGGAACAGUGUAGUCGACUAGUAGUAGUAGAAGAAACUUAAAAUCACCAUUUGUUUUUGUUUUGGCUUAGCAAUAGAUGUUAUGUUACCAUUAUUUGUGCCUUCUUUAAUGUGUAAUAAUAUUACAAUCUUAGUUAAUAUAUAACUGAAAUACUAAGAAAUAUUUUCAACUAAAAUGGUGAGAUAUCAUUGUUAUUUGUUGUUAACA